AUGUUCCCGUUUCCAACCCUUCAAAAUAUUUCUGCACGUUUGAAAGCUGGAGACUUAUUGGCUGUGAUCGGACCGGUGGGGGCCGGAAAGAGCUCACUAUUGAUGACAAUUUUAAAAGAGCUGCCGCUUCUGUCGGGGAGUAUAGAAACUGUGGGAUCGAUAAGCUAUGCCUCUCAGGAGUCCUGGAGUUUCAAUACUAGUGUUCAAAAUAAUAUACUCUUUGGUACCGAAUAUAACGAAUCCCGAUAUCAACGAGUGGUAGAGGUGUGCGCUUUGGAGCGAGACAUCGAGUUAUUCCCGUUCGGAGACAAGACAUUAGUCGGUGAGAGAGGAGUACAGCUAUCGGGGGGACAGAAGGCCCGCAUCACGUUAGCCAGAUUUAAAGAAGAGUCCAUAGGACUUACACCACAUACAGACAGUCAAUACAAAAAUAUGUAA